AUUUGUCAUAGACCACUCUAAUUGUAGUUUCAAAUUGAUAGAAGAAGAAAUUUAAUAGCUUGAAGGUGUUUUAUUCAAAAAAAAGAACUUUUUUCUUUUUCAAAAGUUGGGGUUUAUGCAGGGUUUUAGAGUAGUCAGUAUAGUAGAAUAAUUUUAAGAGCAAGAACAACGAUGGCGAAUUUCUCUCAAAGACGAUUGUUUCUCUCUCUUCGCAAAAUAGUUCUUUCCAUUUUAUCUUCCAAUUCCUCCAUUUCUCGCUCAUCUUCACUUCCUCCUCAUCUCCGAAACCCUAGUUUUCGAUCAUCACCUUUUUCUUCAUUUUCACAACCGAAACUAUUCGCAUCUUUCGAUUUAUCGCCGUUGAUUCAAUAUAGGGGGUUUUGUAGGACUUCUAAUGGCGUCCGAAGCUUCGGAACUCUGUUUUCUGAAUGCUCGUUAUCCCCGAAGCCGAAGGAUACGGUUAUGCUUGAAGGUUGUGAUAUGGAGCAUUGGCUAGUUGUGGUGGAUACUCCUGAUCAACAGCUAACUCGCGAUGAAAUUAUCGAUGGUUAUGUUGAAACCCUAGCUAAAGUUAUUGGAAGUAAAGAAGAGGCUAGAAUGAAAUUGUAUUCUGUUUCUACGCGGCAUUACUUUGCUUUUGGUGCUUUGAUCCCCGAAGAGCUCACUGACAAGCUUAGAGAGCAGCCGAACGUUCAAUGGGUUCUCCCAGAUUCUUACAUGGACGUAAAGAAUAAAAUGUAUGCGGGUGAGCCUGUCAUCAACGGACAGCCUGUUCCAUAUGACCCAAAAUAUCAUGAGGUUUGGGUUCAUAACCAUAGACUUUCCCUGACUUCUUCCUACAAUGAUCGUAGAAAGCAAAGGGACAGGCAACCAAGACCAGUUGCAUCUGGUUCAGCACAUGGCAGCUUAAACAAAAACUGGACAGUUUCACCUGUUUCUCGAUAUCAUGCUCCAGAGAGUGAGACAUCAAACCUGCAGAUCUCUGUGUCUUCAUCUCUAUCAGACCCUGGCAUUCAGCGGCAGAACGGGAUGGUUCCCGCUGACUCUCAAAUACAGAACCCUUCCGUUGCACUAAACCAAGUUAUGGAUCAGACUCCUCAGUCUUCCCUCGUGCCAAACAACUCCAUGCUCUCAAACAAUCCCCUAUCUUCCUCUCCGCUUCCAGCUUCAGUGUAUAGCAGUUCCCAGGGCUGGAGCAGCCAGAACAAUAGCUCGGAGCAUCCAAUAGAUAAUCAAAUUCUAGCCCAGCAUCCAUCUGAUACGCAGAACCCAACUUCUCCACUUGCUCAUAUACCAAAUUCAUAUGAUCCAGCAAGGAAUGUGCAGAACCAGAAUUGGGAGACUCCCCCAAGAUACCAAAGUCAGCCUCAACAGCCUCCAAUGCUGAACAACCUAUCCCCAUAUAAUAUUACUACCCCUGCUCCAUCUCAUAUGCAGAACCAAACUCCUCCACCUUCACAUACACCAAAUUCAUAUGAUCCAGCAAAGAAUGGUCAGAAGCAGAAUUGGGAGACUGCCCCAAGAUACCAAAAUCAGCCUCAACAGCCCCAAAUACCAAACCAAUUCCCAUAUGAUGUUACUCCUUCAGCUCCAUCUCAAACGCAGAAUCAAACUUAUCCGCCUUCGCAUAGACCAAAUCCAUAUGAUUCAGCAAGGAAUGUUCAGAACCAGAAUGAGAAGACUCCCCCAAGAUACCAAAGUCAGCCUCAACAGCCUCCAAUGCUGAACAACCUAUCCCCAUAUAAUAUUACUACCCCUGCUCCAUCUCAUAUGCAGAACCAAACUCCUGUAUCUUCACCUACACCGAAUCAAUAUGAUAUAGCAAUGAGUGUUCAGAACCAAGAUUGGAAUUUUGCCUCAAGAUACCAAAGUCAUCCUCAACAGCCUCCAAUGCCAAACAACCAAUUCUCAUACGAUGGUACUCCUUCAGCACCAUCUCAUAUGCAGAACCAAACUCCUUCAGCUUCGCAUACAUCAAAUCCAUAUGAUCCAGCAAGAAAUGUUCAGAGCCAAAAUCGGGAGACUUCCCUGAGAUACCAAAGUCAGUCUCAAAAGCCACAAAUUUCAAACAAUCAAUUCCCAUAUGAUACUACUACUUCAGGUCCAUUCUCAUACGAUGCUGCUCCUUCAGGUCCGUCUCAUAUACAGAAACAAACUCCUCCUUCGUGUCCACCAAAUCCAUAUGAUCCAGCAAGGAAUGUUGAGAGCCAAGAUUGGGACACAUUCUUAGGAUACCAAAGUCAGCCUCAACAGACCUCAAUGCCAAACAACCAAUUCCCAUAUGAUACUAUUACUCCUUCAGCUCCAUUUCAUUUGCAGAACCAAACUCCUCUAUCUUCACUGACACCGAAUCCUUAUGAUCCAGCAAUGAAUGUUCAGAACCAAGAUUGGGAGAUUGCCACGAGAUACCAAAGUCAGCCUCAGCAGCUUCCAAUGGCAAACAACCAAUUCUCGAAUGAUGGUACUCCUUCAGCACCGUCGCAUAUGCAGAAUCAAACGGCUACACCUUUGCGUACACUUAAUCCAUAUGAUCCAGCAAGGAAUAUUCAGAGCCAAGAUUGGGAGACUUCCCUAAGACACCAAACUCAGCCACAACGGUCCCCAAUGGUGAACAACCAAUUCCCAUACAAUAGUACUCCUUCAUCUGCAUGUCAUAUGCAGAACCAAACUCCAUUAUCUUCACAUACACCCAAUUCAUAUGAUCCAAGAAUGAAUGUUCCGGAACAAAAUUGGGAGAUUGCCUCAACAUACCAAAGUCAGCAUCAACAGUCUCCAUUGCCAAGCAACCAAUUCUCAUAUAAUGCAACUCCUUCUGCUCUGUCUCAUACACACAAGCAAACUCCUCCACCUUCGCAUACACCAAAUCCACAUGAGGAAGCAAGGAAUUUUCAAAGCAUAAAUUGGUUGAAUUCCCCAAGAAACCAUAGUUAGCUUCAACAGCCCCCAAUGCCAAACAACGAAUUCUCAUAUGAUCCUUUUACUGCAAGAGUAUUUCUAAGCAUCAAAAUGAAAAUGUGAUUUUCAAUGCCUUCGUAGGGAUAGGAUAACAUGCAUAAGAAGUCGAAUUUGUGAUAGUGUAUAAUACAAGAGUAUGGUUGUUUGGUAUAAAUAUGUAAUUAAGGCUUUACUGGAUUGAAUCAUCGGUCAUCAUAAUGCCUUGUCUUCAUAUUAGGUAGAAUGAACUUGGUUUGAUGAAAAGCAAUUUUCAGCUUCUUCCUGCUGCCAUAUUUUCUCCUAUAAUUUUCUUAGAAACAACAUGCGCUACAAUUUUUUUAUGGAUAUGUUUCUACCACUUUCUUUAAUUCACAUUUAUACAUCUUUUUCUCUUUUAAUAUAAUAAUAUUAUUUAUACAAUUUGAAUAACCCCAUCUAUUAUUAACAUUGUGCCAAAUGCUAUAGUUGCAAUCUUUUAAAAAUAGAAUACUAGUUUCGUGAGGUACAUGAAUUAUUGCAAAUCUUAAUAUCAAUGCUUUUUAAUCACACAAUUGAAUAAAAGAGUAUCAACUAUUGCUGUGAGAAACAUUUUUUAAUAAGUCGAUCCUAAUAGUCGUUUCUUAUGUCUCAUGGGAAAAUUAAAAUACGUAGGCCAUCCAAACAUAAAGAAAAUUUUUAAAUAAUAAAAUAAUAUUUAAAAAGCAAAAGAAUCAUUAACGGUUAGUUUUUAUUACAUUUAAAUAACAUCUUUUCAUAUCAUACUUGUACAAAAUAAGAAUUUUUCUCAUAUACAUUCUACCAACAUUCUUAACCAAGCCAAGAUCUCCAACUUAUAU